AUGCACCUCGAACAAGGAGGAGGCCCGCCCACCCCCGGCCAGCACCACCACCAACAACACACCAACGCCCUCCAUCGCCCGCUCCAUCCCGAGACGGACCAGGAGCGCCGUCGCCGUCUCCGCAUCAAGAACCGCCGGAAGCGUUACCUGGACACCCAUCCCGAGUACUUUUCCUCGGGCCUGGAGCUGGCCUUCCCGCUGCUGUACGACCGCCUGGUGCGCCGCUUUCAGACUCCCGCGGAGCGCGAGGCCGAGGGCCGAGCAAAGGGCUACUCAGGGGUCCUCGAGGCGGACCUGCUUCGGUCCGAGGCCAAGCUGUAUGCCUUGCAGCACGAAGGCACCGACGACGUCUCGUAUACGCGCGGGCCGAACGGCGAGAUCGUGGCCACCGAGGACAAGGAUGAGAUCCCCGCGACAAAGGAGGAAGGGCUGGCGCGCUGGCGCGAGGACAUGGGCCAGCGCUUCUUGCGCGGCGAGGACCGCGACUUUCGCUACGAGGAAGUCGACGAGAGCGAGGAGUGGGACGACCACGCGCUCGAGGACCAGGAGGCCCAAGACGACUACUUUGACGCCGAGGAGCCCAGCUGGUUCCAGGACGACGUGCCCCAAGGCCUCAAUGGCGCCCAGGGCCGCCUCGAGCUCCGCGGCGAGACGGGCAUCCAGGACUUUUGA